UUAUACGUCGUCGGUCUGCCAAGCGCUGCAUGCAUGCAGUCGUAAACACAAACAAUUGCAGCCUAGCAAUAGUGCUAGUUGCUUGCUCUAUUGGAGUUGAAGCAAAUUAAGGAUGAUAUAUUUUCCGUAGCUUUAAUUUUACAACUUUAUUACACAAACUGUGGCGUUUGGCAGGAUGUCAGGAUGGCGAGUGGCCCUGGCUUGCCGGACAGCCUGGUGCUGGAGAUCUUCUUGCAUCUUCCUCACAGAGCGGCGCUGAACGCUGGGCUCACCUGCCGUCAGUGGUUUGCUGUGUCACGGGACGAGUUCCUCUGGAAGGAGCUUUUUUACAGCUACUACCGCAUCCCACGCUCAGUGCCACGCCACCCAGCCGCUUUGUCAUGGUACAGGGAGUUCAAGCGGCUAUAUGACUGUAUCCCGUGUGUGGAGGUUCAGACUUUGAAGGAGCAUCAUGAUCAGGUCUUGCAUCUGGCCUUCUCUCACCGUGGACACCGCUUCUCCUCCUGUUCCAAAGACUGCACUGUUAAGCUUUGGGACACAGAGUGUCCAGAUGGCACCAUCUCUUUGGUUCAUAGCUCCAGCAUGCGACAGUUUAACUGGGGUUACACUCAGUUCUCCCAGUUUAACGCUGAUGACACACUCCUGCUGGUGUCAGGGGUUUACCUGGGCCCACAUCACUCCUCCUCCGGCGAGAUAGCAGUCAUUAGUUUAGAGAACUACACCCUGCUGUCUCGCGUAAGAAACAAGCCCUAUGACGUGUUCGGCUGCUGGCUGAAUGAGACUCACCUCAUCUCUGGUAACCUGCAUUGGAUUGGCAACAUGACCUCCUGUUCUGUUCUUUGGCUCAACAAAGCCUUCCAGGACAUCGAGUCGGAAAACGUGAACGUGGUGAAGCGUCUCUUCAAGAUCCAGAACAUCAACGCCAGCACCAUUCGCACAGUGAUGGUGGCCCACUGCCGCCGUCACGACUCGCCGGACCUGCUGCUGGACUAUGAAGCUCAGUCACAGGCUCAAGCCCAGCAGACGCAACAUCACCAGCCUCUGCUCUUUGAUCUGGGGAACACAGAUAGUGAAGACGAGAAGGAAGAUGAUGAGGACAGCAUGGAUGAAGAGCGAAGAGACUACAGAGUCUCUGGACAUUUUCCCUCAUACAACCCAUCUGGGAUGCAGCGUGUUAUACAUGGUCGUCAGAAGACAGGAGCUCGUGAGCGGGAGUUGGAGGCACAGGUGGCCCGACUGAUGGGUAGCAGCCACACCAAAGCUCCUAAUCCAAACCUGGUGUCUCCAUCUGCCGCAGGAGAAGGAGAGGACAAGACCUACCUCCUCUUCACCACCGGCAGCCUCACCUACUCCCCUCACCAGAUAGGUAUCAAACGGAUAAUGCCUGAUCAGAUGACUACGUGCGGGCCUGUUUUGGGAGAGGAACGCAGCACAGAGUUCUUUGAUUCGCUGGAUCAUGUGAUCGACAUACAUGGUCACAUCAUCGGCAUGGGUCUGUCACCUGACCACAGGUACUUGUAUGUGAACAGUCGAGCGUGGCCGGUGGGCUGCGUGAUAUCAGACCCCAUGUCUCCUCCACCAAUCGCAGAAGAGAUCGACCUGCAUGUGAUUGAUCUGAAGAGUCUGAGAGAGGAGCGCCGGAGCCUUCGAGCCCACCGGGCAUUCACUCCUAAUGAUGAAUGCUUCUUUAUCUUCCUCGAUGUCAGCCGGGACUUUGUUGCCAGUGGCGCAGAGGACAAGCACGGUUACAUCUGGGACCGGCACUACAACAUCUGUCUGGCACGUCUGCAGCACGAUGACGUGGUCAACUCUGUGGCCUUCAGCCCAGCUGACCAGGAGCUGUUGCUGUCCGCCAGCGAUGACUCCACCAUCAAAGUGUGGCGCUCGCCACGCAUGGUGCGGCUAAGCCAGAGCCCCUCGCGGCCCCCCAGGGCUCGCAAACUUCUCUCCUCCCUGCUCGCCCACAGAAGUGCUCAUUUGAACGGUAAACCCUGACCUGAGGUCUGGCGGACGUCACAUGACGGAAGUCACAGAGGCUUUGUAUGAAGACACUCAUGAAUGAAUUAGGUCAAAAACUGUCAAGAAUGUUUGACUUCCAGAACAAGGAUACAAGUGUUUCCAGUGGCCCACUAGCAGGGCGCACCGUGACCACACGUCUGUUUGAUAGGUGAAUAGGAAUUGGGCUUUUCUGUUUCGAGAGUUGUUGCUGGAAACCGAAAAUUUGUGGCCAGAUGUGCAUAUUAAGUAAAGAUCACAUUUUUGUGUAUGUGUGAUGUACAGUCGUGGGUCGUCUGCACAUUUGUACUUGACCAUUUUAUUUUGGCUGUUUUUUCUUUGUUCUUUAUUGUUAGAUGUAGACUGAUCUUGACAACACGGUAACUGUUUUGGACUAGAACAAAAAAAGAACAUGUAUGGUCUGAAUGUUCAAGUACCCACCAAUAGGAAGGAAAUCAAAACUCAAUUGUGCUUGUUCUGUGGUCCAGUGUAGCUGGUAAGCCCUAAUUUAACUUAUGGAAAGACGAUUAAAAUGAUUACGGUUAUGGAAUGAAAAUGCAGAUGUUUACUUCUGAGGAGCCCAGUCCAUGCUUUAUUUGGUUAUUGUGUCCUUUAUGUUGUGUGGGGUUUUUAGAAAUCAUAAAUAUAGUUGACAGUUGUAAUAUUUCCCCCAAAACCAUCCUGAGUUUCACCAUGUUACCUGCAGAAGCAUUUUUCUCAGAUGUUUAUAUUUCAACUUGAAAUCAGUUAAAAAAACAUUAGGCUCAUUAGGAUUUUGUGACAUUAUUUUCAUAACUAAGCAAAUACACUUGAAUGCAGCAUCUUUUUUAAUUGGAGGUAUUUACACAUCACUGUAUUAUUAUAUAUAUAACUGCCUUUAUUUAUACUUUAAUAAUCAUUCUUACAAUGAUAAGAAUAUAUUACCAUUCAGAAUAUUACAUGUAAAGGAAAAUACAACAUUGCAAAAAAUCCGGCCCUAAAGUUCAUAUUUAUUUUUUCUGUCUUAUAUUUGAUAUUUGUCUUGAGUAUAUUUUUUGAGGUAAACACAAAUAUGAACUAUAAAUUGCAUACAGUGAAGUUUAUACUGUAUAUACCAGCUCCUGUACAUCAUUGGAACUCUAUGCAGAAUCAGGGGUGCUUUGCAGUUUAAACCCAUAAACAGCAUCCCUUUAUAUUAUAGAUAUUCAACAGAGGUGCUCGUUUCUAACCUCAGAUGUUCAUCCCUUAUGUGUAGGAUGUCUGCAUGUGAAGCUCAGGUCUACAGUAAUAUCCGUUACUUGGUUAUGGUUGUGUAUUACCUGUGGAAAUUUUUUUCUUUUGGUCCCUUAAGAUUUUAUUUGUGCACGCCAGGCAAGUUUAAUUUUACCUCAUUCAAUUGAGUUUGGACCACAGUGCCCAGCAGAAACUCUAGUUGUGAGUGGAUCAUUGGCAGUUGUUUUGUUUUAAAUGGACUGGUUACCUCUGUCUUCGUGACAUGAGGCUUGAACUUCUAGUACAUCGAGUUGCCCCUUGCAUUGGGUAUUGUGGUGUAGAAUUAGUUUGAUCCAUUAAACCUUUUUCUUUUA